AUGCAGAAAUACGAAAAAGUAAAAGUGCCGGCGACCACAGAAAAUGCAGUGGCGAGUACCCCACACACGUACCACCUAUUUAUGGCUAAUUUGUCAACAUGGGUUGAUGGCCUCCGUCAAUCUGGCUACUCUGGAGGCCUUGAGCCAUUCACGAUGCCCCAGUACACUUCCCCUCCAGAGCGAAUUGACGUGGUUGACGAAACGCGUCAGGUCGCAGCUAAUGCUGUUCGAGGAGUUGCUCCCCCCAAAAAAUCGUUGGAAAAAAGCAAGUCAUGCGCGAACAAGUUAUUUUUGUCGUACCGAACUGGCCAUCCUCUGAAGCGCAAACGUGCGGUCUCGGCACCAAGUAGUGCGACCCAAGAAGCAAGGCCACCUUUUGAGAGUUCAGUCUCGUCGCGCGGCCGUUUGCAGAUAGCUAAGCAGUUUGACAACUUUGUCAUGUAA